CCUGGCGAUCACAUAGAAAGAGCUGCUUAAGUCUUCAUUGUUCCUCGCAUCGCUGCAACAUGCUGCCCUUCCACAAAUUGUCAGUUCACGAGCGCUACAUGAUAGAGAUCGAGGGCGAUCCCGACUGGACGGAUUGUUCGAGCGGUGCGGAGUCGUCCAGUCCGAGCGAAGACUCCAGUGAGGAAGACAGCGAUGAACCCGCAGAGCCACUCAAGGAUGCAGAUGAAAGCGGUGCCGAGGAUGUGUGCGCCGUGUGCUACGGGGCGGUGCAUCUGUACUGCCAGCGCUGCUGGGCCGAGUCGUACUGCGGCUACCGGCACCUCGCCGAAGACCGGCCCAGGCACGACAAGUGGUGCUUCCCCAGAAAGGUGCAGGACGACGAGGAAUCUCCGCCAACGCCGCAGGACGCGGCCAUCCUGUCCCUGGGCGAGGACGCGCUGCUGCUGGUGUGCCGCUUCCUGGGCGCGCGCGACCUGGUGCGGCUGGGCCAGACGUGCCGCGCGCUGCGGGCCGUGUGCCGCGACCCGCGCGCCUGGAGUCACGUGACCUGGAGCUUCGAGUUGUCCGAGGAGCGCACCCUCGCCAACGUGGGCCUGCUCAAGGUGGCGCCCGCCCUGCACACCAUCAAGCUGGGCGAGCGCUGGCCCAAGGUCAACAUGCUUCGCUGCACGCGCCGCGUCAAGAAGUUCGUCCUGAGCUGGGACGAGCAGCUGCAGCAGCCCUACGCCGUGGAGCCCGUGAUGCGGCUGCUAGGCCACUGGCGCGGCACGCUGGAGGUGGUUGUCCUGGGCUGCCUCAACAGCGAGGGCGACGACGUGAAGUUGCUGCGCUACAUCGACGGCCUCAACAUCAAGGAGCUGUACAUCGGCGACCUGGCGCCGACCCUGGUGAAGGCGUACCCCGGCAGCGCCAAGGCGGUGCGGAAGCUGGAGAUAGGCACCCAAGUGAGCGGCGGCGUCCUGACGCACCUGCUCCGCGCCUGCCGGUCGACGCUUGUCCACUUCAAGGCGUCGUCCUUCUUCAUGGACCUGAACGCCUGGGUGCACCCGCACAACUGCGGGCGCGAGCCCCGGUCGUCGGUGCGGCGCGCGCUGAUGCGUUGCCCGGGGCUGGAGGUGGUGGCGGUGCCCGCCUGGUACGGCAGCCUGUCCAUGCUCCACGCCUGGCCCGCGCUGCACUCGCUGUGCCUCUACGACUUCGGCGAGGUGAAGCACCGCGCGGCCAAGGAAGUGUUCCGGACCGCCGCCGCGGCCAAGCAGCUGCGCUCGCUGUCGCUGUGGAUGGAGACGGUGGCGCACCGCGGGCUGCUGGUGGUGGUCGCGGAGGCCUGCUGCGCGCUGCGGGAGCUGCGCCUCAUGUUCGGCACCACGGACGACGUGGUGCUGGCCCCCGUGGACGUCCCCCGGGACCUGCACGCCGUCCUCGGCCGCCUGCCCGGCCUGGAGAAGCUGGUCCUGCACGCGGCCAGGGUGCCCGGCACCGUGUUCCGCGGCCUGGCGCACGGCGCGCUGCCUGCGCUGCGGAAGCUCGUCCUGCUCAAGUGCGCGGUGACUCCGAAGGGGCGGGAGGCCCUGCAGCACCUGCGCGGCGUGCGCCCGGACCUGCGGGUGAAGGCGAGGAAGCUGCGGACGGCGCGCUGCCAGGGCGACGGCCUGGAGGCGGUGCGCUGCGAGCAGGAGCUGUGCCGCGUGCCCUCCGACUGCGAGGACGACGACCCCGUGGGCGCGGACGCCAGCGACGACGACCACGACUCCAUGGACUCGGACGACUUCACGGACUUCGUGGAGCGCUGUUGGAGCGUCGGGGACAGGGACGGUGACGACGAGGAAGAGAACGACGAGGAGGACGAGGACGAGUAGGCGGAGAAGUUACGUUAGGUGGCGAGCGGAGUCAGAGUACUUGGACUGAACAGCUAACUGUGAUUGCCUCAGAGAUGAUUUUGAGUUGGUGUUGAAAUUAAUGCGGAUGAAUUUGAGUUAGUUUUAUCAUUUUAAAUGGAAUGAAUUUGAGUUAGUUUCAUCAUUUUAAGUAUGUUGAAUUUGAGUUAGUUUCAUCAUCGAAAGAAGGAUGAAUUUGUGUUAGUUUCAUCAUUUUUAUAGGUAUGAAUUAGUGUUAGUUUUGUUAUUUUUAAUGGUAUCAAGUUGAGCUUUUGUAAUUUUACUGGGGAUGAAUUUGAGCUCUGCUUUUGUUACUUUCAUUGGUAUGAAUUUGACUUGCUUUUGUAGUCUCGAUUGUGGCCACACGUUCGGAAUGAGCAACUAACUGUUAAUGUAAGAAGACGAAUUUUAGUUAGUUUUACAAUUUAUAUUCGCCUGAAUUUGAGUUGUCUAUAUUUUGAAACUUCGAUUGCGGCGACAUGUUUUACUGAUUUUAUUGAGGCAAUGCGGGACGAGGCUGGGAGUUUUACAGUUUUUCUAGUCUAAAAGAAUUGCCCGCAGCCGCAAGUGAUACUAGUUUUGUUGUACCCUACAUUUAUUUGUUUUAUAAGGAUUAAAUUAAUGGCACGUCUUCUUA